CGCCGUGGUUGUCGUUGGUCACCGCACGCGUAUAGUUCUCAGCGAUCGUCGACAUUAUUAUCCGUUUGUCGUCUUCGAAUUUCCGCACAAGUCUUUCCGCGGAAGUUUAAGUUCACCCGCUGUGUACGAGAUUGUUUCGAACAACACAUUUUGAUGUAACCGCGAUAAUUGGAUACGCACGUGCCGAGAGUUUGGAUCGAAAAACUGCGAGCACCGCACGAUGAGACGAAGAAAAGAAAAUAUAAUUUGAAAACGAAUUGGCUGGACGGAUACACCAUCUUCUUUUUAAGAUGAAAUUAUGUUUUCCAAUCCUACUAAUCAUGCUUACGACUACGUCGGCAAAUUUUUGUGCAUUCAACAGCAUGUGCACAUGCAAAACAGACGAAGCCUUAAGAAUGCACAUUUCAUGUGUAGCUGUUCUUUUACAUUCAAUACCAGAAGUACCAGCUGGCACACGAAUAAGUCAUAUGGACGUCAUGUCAUCCGAAAUAGAAACCGUGGAAAACGACGUACUACAAGGAACGCACAUAGAAUCCUUACGGCUAAUGAGCAACAAAAUUGGCUUUGUAGCAGAUAGAGCUUUUGCAUUAUCCGGUUCGGUACUCAGAGCACUUGAUCUCAGUUAUAACCAAUUAAACAGUGUACCAUUAAAAUCUUUAAAUAAUAUAAGAAACUUAGACUGGCUAAAUUUACACGGCAAUAACAUUGAAGUUAUAGACCCUCACUGGGGCCAUCUAGAGGAUACUUUACAACAUUUAUUUAUCGGCGAAAAUGAUUUAACUACAUUUCCGGAUUUCUUUUCAAAUUUACGAACACUGUCUACUUUGAAUUUAGAUAAUAAUUUGCUUACUUCGGUUCCAGCAUCCAUCAAAACUCCGCCAUUACUCGAGACAUUAAGCAUAUCGAAUAACUUCUUGGAAGAGUUUCCAGUGUCCAUUACUGAAUUAGGGACUUCGCUAAACAGAUUAUAUAUACGGGAUAAUUACAUAAAAAAUAUAACCAACAUAAUACCAAACAGAUUUGUCAAACUGGAGGUUUUAGACCUAGGCAUGAAUCGUCUAGAGAGUUGGUCAGGUCGCAUGUUUGGCGGCCGUUCAGAAGUUCGAAAUCUACAUUUGGAUAUGAACCGUAUAGAAGUCUUAGAAGCAAAUGCGUUUGACGGAUUAAGAUCAGUUCGUAUGUACUUAUCCCGUAAUCGACUUCGGAGUUUAGACCAUAAAACUUUCGAAGGGUUGGAAAGAAUACUAGAAUAUUUAGAUCUUGAACAUAACUUACUCGGUGAAAUUCCAACGGCUGUGAGAACACUGAAGAAUCUAAAGUUUCUGUAUUUAUCAUUUAAUGAUCUUGGUCACUUGGAUUCAGAAGAUUUUUCAGGCGUAUCUUCCAGUUUACGGUCGUUAUCAUUAUCGGGGAAUCGUUUGACGGAAAUUCCUAGUAUUGCAUUAGACAACUGCACUAAACUAUCACAUCUAAAUUUAGGAUAUAAUUUUAUACACGAAAUUAAAGAAAACUGCUUUGGAGUUUGGGCUGAACACUUGGAUACUCUACUGUUAAUGAACAACAAGUUGACGGAACUCACCGGGAGACCAUUUAAAAAAACCAUUUCGUUAAGAGAACUGAGUUUGUCUUUUAACAAUAUUCAUUAUGUAGAUGCGGAUGUAUUCAUUGAUUUAUCCUCAUCACUCGAAAGCUUAGAAAUAAGUUUCGGUGUUUACUAUGAUAAUUUCCCAGUGAAAAUACUCAAACACCUCAAGUCUCUAAUGUGGCUGGUGUUGGAUAACAACGAUAUACUAUCUGUAUCAGUUGAUUCACUCAAUUCGCUGGAAAAAUUGCAGUACCUUAACAUGGAAUCAAACAAAAUUUCUGUAAUAGCUCCUGGGACAUUUUCGGCUUCAAAUCUAACCCGUCUUCACGACAUAAGACUGAAUCAAAACAAUUUAAUGUCAUUGGAGCCGAAUACAUUUUCAAAUUUACAGCAGCUACAAACUGUUACCGUCUCAAGAAACAAAAUUAUCGAAAUCAUGGCACACGCGUUCAAUGAUCUUCCUCGUUUGUUAAAUGUUGAUUUGUCGUUCAAUAAAGUUGAAUAUAUUCAACCAGCAGCGUUCAAUCAUCUACCGAAUUUAAAACGCGUCGACUUACAAGAAAACCAACUAAAAGAAUUGCGAAUAACGUCAUUCAUAAACUCGACAAAUUCAAAACAACCUUUGUCAUUAAAUGUAUCAAAAAACUACAUUGAACGUGCUCCAGUCGAUGACCCUCUAACACCCAUUCACGUGAAACUUUUAGAUUUAAGUUAUAAUAAUUUACAAGACGUGCCAUUUGAACUUUUAUAUCUAGUAUCAGGCUCAAUCAAAGAGCUAUAUCUAGACCACAAUAAAAUUCUUAAAAUUUACAACUCCGAAUUCGUUAAUUUAUUUAAUUUGGAAGUCAUAUCAUUGUCUGGAAACGGUAUCACAUCCAUAGCUUCAAAGGCAUUUUGUAAUUUGACUUCUUUACAAGUGCUCGAGUUGUCUGAUAAUAAAUUACAUCAGUUAUACACUGAACAGUUUGCAACGUUACCAAAACUCAGGAUCUUAUCAUUGGCCGGAAAUAAUUUAAAGUCUCUAAGCUGGGAUGUUCAUUCGAGUACGCCUCUUGAAUCUUUGGAUUUGUCCAACAAUCGCCUACUAACAGUACCAACAGGCGUUCUGAUGAAGACGGGAUCGACGUUAAAGCAUCUUUCACUUGCAGGCAACCGAAUAGAUCAUAUUGACGGCACAACAUUUUCGGGAAUAUCAAAACUGACCAAUUUAAGUUUGGCUGAUAAUAAGUUAACUAUUAUUCCAGAUAAUGCAUUUAUAGGACUUGCGAGUUUAUUAUCACUGGAUUUAUCUUUAAAUAAUAUCAGAGCAAACUUUAAGGAAUUGUUUCAUUAUGUCCAAAACAUCAAACAUUUGAAUUUGGCUAACGUAGGGCUAAGUGAAACUCCACCGUUUCCGCUUCCCAAUUUAGUUACACUCCGUUUGUCUCAUAACAAGUUAAAAACGAUAUCUAGAAAUUCAAUGGAAAUGUUGACCAAGCUCAGAACGCUCUACAUUGACCACAACGAGCUUUCCUAUUCUCCAGCGAACGUAUGGUCAUUAUUACCAUCUCUGAAAUCAUUAGAUUUAUCGUCUAAUCCUAUAAAGACUAUUACUAAAGCGAGUUUUACAGAUCUAUUUCGAUUGCAGCACUUAAAAGUACAGCAGCUAUACUAUUUGGACCGUUUCGACGCAGGGUCACUAUCCAAACUAUCUUCGCUCCGUUCGUUGGCCACUGAUUGGAGACCGAAUCUCGGGCAAAUAGUUUGUGCUGCUGUGCGUUCCAUACGAAGCGUGUCGGUCUAUGUAAACCGACCCCGACUACCAGGACCCAUAGUGGAUCCUUGUGGUCCGAAGUUGGAAUCCGUGGACAUUACAGGAUCUAAACUACGGAUACUGGACCCGUUAACAUUUGCGGAUCUAAAAUUAGGGGCUGGCGAUAGACUAGCUAUCAGUAUAAGAAACACUGCCAUUGAAGAUUUGCCAGCCGAUUUGCUGUUGCCGUUGGUUGGUGUGCCCAAACUCACUUUGGACUUAACGGGGAACAAACUCACUUCACUCAAUCCGUCGACCGUGUACUCUAAUUACACUACAUGGGAAAACUCCGGAACGAAUGUUUUAAAAGGAGGCUUGUUCCUGGACGACAAUCCUUUGCAAUGUGAUUGCGGACUAUUGUGGUUGGGCCAAUGGCUGCGACGAUGGCUCAGGGAAGCGGUACAGGUGCACACUCUUGGAAUGGCCGAAGCUCAAAUGGCACAUUCGACCGUGCGACGAGUCAUGUGCUCAGACCCCCGGAACGGUGGUGCUAGGGUGCCCGUAGCCGACAUCUACCCCGAGGAUUUGCGGUGCAAGGCCAGUGCGCUGAGCGGUAGCGGGACGGGCAACACGGCCGCAAAGACGUCUCACUUGAUCGUGUGUUUGCUCCGAGCACUGGUGGUUUUCUAUUUGGCCUCGGUCUGGUGUAACGUAUGCUGAGCUCUAGGCCAUUUGCAUGCACCGUGUCAAUUGUGUAUAAUAUAUCAUUUUAUCUGUUUUGCCAUCGUUUCUUCUUUUGGCUUCGUCAAAAAGUCUGUGAUGCCUAAUGUAGUUUUUUUUUAGGGUUUCCUCCCGUUCGGCCGUAGCCGGAUAAAACGAUUUUUCGAAAGCCAAUAACGGUAUGCAAACGGCUUAAUAACGUUAUUUUAUGUAUAUAUAUAUUAUGUACAUUAAAAAUUAAUUAGAAAUAAUUAAACCACAGUAAAUACAAUGAUUUAAUUGUUUGCAGUCAUAUAAAAAAAAAAAAAAAAUCCAGCCUUGUGAUAAUAAUCGACGUACGCGCUAUAACUUAACUAUACUAUAUCGUAUUUUAUACAAUUUUGUGUACAGUUUAAUGUUUUACAAAAACUACAUUAUGUAUCCAUUUUUUUUCCGUCACUUUAUAUAAAUAAUAAACAUAUUCUGCACAUAACAAUUAGCGUUGAAAAAUAACAAUAUUAUGCUUCGUUAUUAAUGAGAUGACAUUUUGCAAAAAUAUAACAACUAUAAACAGGGUCUCUUCGUAGAUAUUCGGUCUUGAAUAAAUUUAAAUCCAAACGACCUUGAUUUUAGGAUAACAUUUUGUUAUGAGGUUCGAGCGAUUUAAGUAAACGUAUACCUACUAAUCACUAUUACUUCAUUUAAAAAUGUCUUGUUAUAGCCAUCCCAUGUAGUACAAAUAAAAACCAAAACUACUUACAAAAGGUGAAGUUGGGUAAAUACAAAUACUACAUUUAUCAAAGUAAUAAUCAAAAGUUGGUAAUUAUUUUCUAUUUUUUUUUUUUUGCUUUAUAAUAAUAUAGGUAGUGGCAUCUACCCAUUCAGUUGAUAAAUAAAAUAUGUGUCUCACCCAACCUAAAUACGAAUGUUUGAUCGAUUUCGCUUUGUAGUAGCUGACUGACAUUUUAUAUGAACAUUGUGUAAGUCAUUUUUUAUAGUGUUUAUGCGUAUGCACGGUUGAAUAUUAAAUGAAUUACCUAUAUUGAGAGAGAGAGAGAGAAGAAUACUAUAGGUACAAAAAAUCGUUUCAUUUUAAUUUUAAUUUUCCAUGCUGAAUGCAAUAAUCAAGUAACACACUUAUGUACAUAAAAAAAUAUGCAUUUUUCGCAAAACAGAACACCAUUGUAAAUAUUUAAAAAUAGCAGAUUAAUUCUGUUUUAACAACGCCGUAAUGAAAUUAUUUCUUCGUAUUUAAUUUCUGUUACAAAGCGUAGAACUCUUCCCGUAACCCUAAAAUUAAAGUAUUCGAUUUAAAUCAAUGUUUCACAAGAGUUUAAGAGUUAUUAUCUCUUUUUGGGGAACUGAGGUUUUUAACAAUGUUUUUUCGAAAAAAAUGAUUAUUCAUUAGAAUAUGAAGUAAAAGUUUGAGCACGAAAACAUUAUCCGUAAUGAUAAAAUUAUAAUGUUUCAAACGGAAAAUUUCACCGAAACAUAAUCAAUAAAAAAAAAUAAUAAUACUUUAACCUAAAUGCUAUGUCAAUUGGCGACCUGCAUUGUGAGUGAGGAGCUCGCUAAUAAAAUUUUAUCUUUCUCACCUAAAAUAAUUUUUAUUGCAUAUCCAGUAUGAAUACAAAACCGAUAACAACGCCAUAUGGCACAAUCAUUCAAAAUUUGUUAUGGUCUGCAAAAAGCUGAGGAAGUUUAUUUGACUAAUAUUUUAAAAAUUAUCAAAAUACAUUUGAAAUUCCGGUUAACCUAUUAAAUGCAAAAUUGAAUAUUUAGAUUUUAGUUCUGUCGCUUGUAUAAAUGUUCCACUAAAGGUUUGAAUUAUUAUGACUAACAAGAACAAUAUGAUCCAGGCAGAGGUAAACAUAAUUUUAAAUUACUUUCUAUUUAAAGAUUAUAGUUUUUGAUGAAUUUUACGGUAUUUGGUAAAUUAAACAUUAACUUAUAUGAUACUGUAAAUAGUUUAAUGUAAAUUAAAAUGUUAUUAAUAUUAUAAUUGUAGUAUAUUAAAAUCGUUAAAAAUUAAGUGUCCUGUUAAUAUUACCAUUUAUCC